CAUUGUGCCUGCCGCCAAGCUCAUCUCAGGUGUAGGUACUCGAAUGGGUGGUAUUUUGUACGAAGUUCUGUGCUCGAUUUUGAAAUGUAAAGUAACGGUUGAAGCGUAACUAUGUGAAACGUGUAUGUUUUGGCUACGCUGUAUUCGAAGAGGAGACAGUAUUUUAGUGUGAACAGUGAGAAAGAGUGGAGAAAUGUUGAGCGUUUGCAGUCGCCAUUUUGCAGCAUCGAAGAAGGCUGACCUGAUCGUUGGCGAAAUGACCAAUUGAUUUUGAAGGAACUGACAAACUGCUUGAAGCAAUUUUUUAUACCAUUAAAGUGUCAGGAGUCCCAUAAUGACCCAGCAAAACAAUACAGUGAAUUUUCUGAUUCAUGAUUCGAAUGGUCAGCCCCAAGUGAUUAAAUUAGUACAAACACAUGCUACAAAAUCUCACAAUAAUGUAGCAGUUGAUAAUCAAGCUCUGAAGACAAUAUUUAAAGCGCCUAAUCAAGAUGGUAGCCAGGGUGCUGGUGUGAUCUCAUCUGCACCACAGGUUCUCCGAACACUUAGUUUGCAAAGUCCAAAAACAUCUGGGCAGAGGUCUUCACACAUUGUAACCAUACCUGUUCAGUCAUCUGGUUCCAUGAAAGUUCAAACAUUGAAAUCAUCAGAGCCUACUCUUCUGCCAAAGACAAUACAUUUAGCUUCUAAUCCAAUGGUUUUAAGUACUUCUCAGCGAAUAGCUGCACAGCAUGUUCUGCCAACAAAUCCACCAAAGAAUUACAUCUCUCCAAUCCUUGAUCACAGUGGAUCUCGAAAACGUCAAGAAAUGGAGAAUGAAUUUAUGCCAGAGUACAAACGAAGAAAAAGUGAAAAAGUUGGAAAGGGACUUAGACAUUUUUCAAUGAAGGUAUGUGAAAAAGUGCGCAAGAAGGGCACAACGUCCUACAACGAGGUUGCUGAUGAGUUGGUUGCUGAAUUUACAAAUCCAAAUUUAGUAAUUUCACCAACAGAUCAGCAAUAUGACCAGAAGAACAUCAGGAGAAGAGUUUAUGAUGCUUUGAAUGUCCUUAUGGCUAUGAACAUCAUCUCCAAAGAAAAAAAAGAAAUACGAUGGCUGGGUUUACCUACAAAUUCGCUUCAAGAAUGCCUUACUUUAGAAAAGGACAAACAGAAAAGAAUUGAAAGAAUAAAAGUUAAAACACAACAGUUGCAGGACCUUAUUUUACAGCAAAUAUCAUUCAAAAAUUUGGUGGAGAGGAACAAGAAAAUGGAGGAAGAGUGUGGUGCACCACUUCCAAACUCCGCAAUCCACUUGCCUUUCAUAAUUGUUAACACAAGUAAGAAGACUGUUAUUGACUGCAGUAUAUCAAAUGACAAGACCGAGUACGUGUUCAAUUUUGAUAACAAGUUUGAAAUCCAUGAUGACAUCGAGGUCCUGAAACGAAUGGGCAUGGUACUAGGUCUUGACAGAGGAGAGUGCUCAGAUGCAGACCUGCAGAAGGCCAAAUCCAUGGUUCCCAAAGCCUUGGAAAAUUACGUUGUCCAAUUAGCCAGUGGGCACUUGGAUACAGUUCUGCCAGAUUUGGAAGCCGGGCCAAGUUCAUCUCUUUCUGUGGAUGACCUGGAUGCUAGUCUUGGCGUCAAUGAACUUUCAAGACCAUCGUCACAUGCAUCAUUAUCUGAUCCAUUGUCUCCUUCUAUACAAGAUUUUUCUGAUGAGGAGUCUGACAUUUCGAGUGACCUUGAAGUAAAUUAGUUGCCUUGACACUCACUGUGAGACUGUGAAAAUGUGUAUGUUCUUGCUGGAGUGUUGCAUCGUAUCAGUUUUACAAGUGUAUAUUUAUUUCUUCUUCUUCCUUCUCCUCCCCCCUCCUACUGCCCCCCCCCCCCCCCCUCCUCCUCCUCCUCCUCCUCCUCAUCAUUCUUAUUCAUUGAAUCUCUUGUCUGAAAGUAUUGCAGUCUUUGACAUUGUUUUCUGAACUGCCUGGUGCUUAAUUCUAUUUAUAUGUGUAUUUAUAGGGCUGCAAAAGGCUGGUACUGUUGUCUUUUCCUUAUUUCUCAGUUUGUUACUACUUGAGCACCCUACCAGCAAGUCAUAUUCACCGUCCAGCCAGAUAAAUAUUAGUACAUUUUUCACUGUAAUAAUUGACAGGAGAAUUGCAGUUGUAAGAAGCCUUUGGACAGUGUGUUAUUUGACAGGGACCAUAGUAAUUGGAUCUUUAAGCUUGAAUUUAUGGAAUAAAAUUUUAUGAUCAUUGUACAUUGAAAGAGCUUCAGUAACAUUGUAAGAAAGUCUGUGUAAUUUUAAAUUGGAUUUACACAGGUUUUUUUUGUUCAAUAUUUCAAAAGAAGAGCAUUGCAAGAAAUGGGCUUGUAAUUGGCAACAACCAUAUAUUUCACUGGCACUUUACAGAUGAUUUGUUGUUACAAUAGUCAGUCAUGGUAUGAAAGUUUAAUGCCACAGUUAGAUCCACACUACAGUAUUUUCUUCUGCUAUGUAGUUGCUUUUACUAGUUGUUACAAAACACAAAGCGUUCUCUUAUUCCAAUUUUAGUGUGUCUCACGACAGUGGAAUGAGGAUGUGACUGUUGAUAUAAAGAAAAAUUGCAACUAAUAAAAUAUAUUUUUAAAAUUAAUAACUGAGCUGCAAUUAACAUGGUAAAGUUUCUUUCUGCCAGUUAUUACUGUAAGUUGAUUGUGGCCUGUGGAGAGCCAUCAAAAAGUUUUUCACUACAUAGAGCACAUUUUAUCAGGUACAAAUGGAGGGUGAAAAAUCACAGUGCUUUCUUUACUCUAAUUUUUUGUUUUUAUAUGAAAUAUGAACUUACAUUAGUGUGUUGCAAUGGUUGUACGUAGCUAUGCAAUAAACACUGUAAAUAGAAAGUCUGUGAUUGUUUACCUUAAAUGGUAGUCUUUGAGAGCUUCUUGAGUGUGAUUAAUAUUGUAUAAAAAUGUAAACAAUUGUUAAUAGUGAUGUUCCUUGUUAUGAGGAAUUCUGGCAGGACUAGAUUUCUGCUAUAACUUUUAAAUGCCUCUUUGCUUUCAUUCCAAAAUGAGAUGAGGCUAAUCAGAUGUAACUCAGGAUACCAUGUGCCCAAUGAUUUCAGUGAAAUUAUUUUUACGAAGCACCCUUGUAUGUGGGGAUAUCCAAGACUGUUGGAUACUGUUUUGAAUGUAGUGUAGACUUGUUUUAUAGUAAAAUGUAAUUAGGUUGCAUGCAUACAUUUGUGCAUUUGUACAUCAUUGUCGUCAUCAUCAUCAUAAUUUUACAUGUUAAAACAAUAAAACUGCAAUGAUUGCUGCUGCA